ACUGUUUAGCGUGUAAACAUGGCGGUGACCGUAAUCGUUCUUGUUUAAAGCGAAACAAGUCACUUUUAUCAUUUAAAACGUUAUCUUUUAAUUGUAAGUCGAUAAAAAAUAGAACAACAUGGGAAAUGCUGACACAAAAUUAAACUUUAGAAAAGCGGUCGUUCAGCUGACGUCGAAAACUCAAGUGAUCGAUGCAACGGACGAUACAUUCUGGGAUCAAUUUUGGUCUGAAAAUGUGACUAAUGUCCAAGACAUAUUUACUUUAAUUCCUGCUCCUGAAAUUCGUAUACUAAGGGAAGAGGCGCCGUCAAAUCUAGCUACACUAUGUUACAAAGCAGUGGAGAAAUUAGUAAAAGCAGUCGACAAUAGCUGUAGAACUCAAAGAGAACAACAAACUGUUUUGAAUUGUUGCCGUUUAUUGACAAGACUAUUGCCUUAUAUUUUUGAGGAUCCCGAUUGGAAGGGAUUCUUUUGGUCUAGCUUGCCUGGUAAAGAAGACGAAGAAAGCAUUCCACUGGCACAUUCUCUACUUAAUGCGCUUUGUGACUUGUUAUUUUGCCCUGAUUUUACAGUGGCUGCAAAUAGGAAAUCUGGUCCUGAUAAAGCAGAAGAAUUGCAAUCUAUAGAUAGCUGCGAAUAUAUUUGGGAAGCUGGUGUAGGAUUCGCGCAUUCGCCACCUAGAUAUCCAAUUUUAGAUUCAAAUAGAACAGAGUUAUUGAAACUGUUACUUACAUGCUUCAGUGAAACCAUGUACAAUCCCCCUAUGGAUCUUUCGGUUACACCAAAUAGAUGGAUCCAACAUUUGACUAGUUCUGAAAACAGACAUGCACUGCCUAUGUUCACAUCUCUGUUAAAUACAGUAUGCGCGUACGAUCCUGUUGGACUCGGAGUACCGUAUAACCAUUUAUUAUUUACCGAUUCGUUGGAACCUCUCGUCGACGUUUCUUUACAAAUUCUUAUAGUAACAUUGGAUCAUGAUACCAGCGGUGGUGCCACGUUAGAAGAAGGAACUCUUGGGGAUAAUUUAUUUAUUAAUUAUCUGAGUCGUAUUCACAGAGAUGAAGAUUUUCAGUUUGUACUGAAAGGUAUUACGAGAUUAUUAAAUAAUCCAUUGAUGCAGACAUAUUUACCAAAUUCGACUAAAAAAGUACACUUUCACCAAGAAUUAUUGGUGUUUUUCUGGAAAAUGUGUGAUUAUAACAAAAAAUUUUUAUACUAUGUACUAAAGAGUUCAGAUGUUCUCGAAGUAUUGGUACCGAUAUUGUAUCAUUUAAACGAUUCACGUGCAGAUCAAUCUCGAGUUGGAUUAAUGCAUAUCGGCGUAUUUAUUCUACUUUUGUUGAGCGGAGAGCGUAACUUUGGGGUCAGAUUGAACAAACCAUAUACAGCCACAGUACCUAUGGAUAUUCCAGUUUUUACAGGUACACAUGCUGACUUGUUAGUUACCGUAUUCCACAAGAUAAUCACAACUGGACAUCAAAGGCUACAGCCAUUAUUCGAUUGUCUACUAACAAUUCUUGUCAAUGUUUCUCCAUAUUUAAAAACAUUAUCAAUGGUGGCUAGUACGAAAUUAUUACAUUUACUCGAGGCAUUUAGUACUCCAUGGUUUUUAUUUUCGGCUCCUACCAAUCAUCAUUUGGUAUUUUUCCUCCUUGAAAUCUUCAACAAUAUCAUACAGUAUCAAUUUGAUGGCAACAGUAACUUGGUUUAUACUAUAAUACGUAAACGACAAGUGUUUCACGCGUUAGCGAAUUUACCAAGCGAUUGUAAUACAAUUGCAAAGUCUCUGAGCAAGAGACAACGUCGACACGUACCUGCUAGUACAUCUAGUGAAAAUGUUAACGAAGCAGCGAUGGAAGGAUCUCAUCCUGCACAACCUGCAGAACCUGGAACUUUGAAAGCGUCUUUAUUGGAAACUCCAGGUAUUGAAAAAAUGACCGAAAAAGAAUCUGCACAUCCGUUAAGUCCUUCGGUAACCGUUGACGUAGCAAAAACCAAUCACGAAAACAACACGGACAGUCCUGAGGAUUUAAUGAAUACUACAAAAAGUACCGUUAUACCGAAAGGAGGUAUCAGAGUUGCGGAACACACGACUUCCUCUAAGAAUGUAAAUCAAUGGGUUCCGUCUAGCGAUUGGGUGUAUCAAUGGAAGAGUAAACUUCCAUUGCAAACCAUUAUGCGAUUACUCCAAGUUCUUGUACCGCAAGUUGAAAAAAUAUGCAUUGACAAAGGUCUCACAGAUGAAAGUGAAAUUUUGAAAUUUUUACAACACGGCACUUUAGUUGGAUUGUUACCAGUACCACAUCCCAUUCUUAUCAGACGAUAUCAAGCAAAUGCAGGGACAACUGCUUGGUUCAGAACGUAUAUGUGGGGUGUUAUAUAUCUUAGAAACGUUGAACCACCGAUUUGGUAUGAUACCGACGUAAAGUUAUUCGAAAUUCAAAGAGUUUAA